AUGGGGUUGAUUGCGUUCAGCAAAGACUAUAAGCAACUAGACAACUCUGCAGAGCACUAUGCCAUCGCGGCCAUGCAUGCACAAAUGGACAUGACCGCUUUGGUUACCCCUAUACCGUGGAUUAUGUAUGUUUUGGGCUGCAUUCCCGGCAUGAAGACACCACUCGAUCGUUUCACGGAUUAUUGCGCAUCCCAGAUGAAUGAAAGAAGAGCGGAAUGGCAUCAAAACACGAAAGAAAGACCAAUUGACAUCGUUUCUUGGCUAGUCCAGGGGAUGGACGAUCGUGACCCAUCGGCCCCACCAACUGAUACAGCAUUGUACGAUGACGGAAGGCUAGCCAUUGUUGCUGGAAGUGAUACAACCGGAGCGACAUUGGCUAAUAUCGUAUACUACCUUACAUCAAAUCCCAAGGUAUACCAAAGACUCCAAAAAGAGGUAGAUGAGGUGAUCUCAAAUGGAGGCGAUGCGUCUCAAAUUCCUUACAUCGAUGCCAUCAUCAACGAAACCCUCCGCCUCAAACCACCUGUUCCUGGUGGAAUGGGAAGAAUCACCCCACCGGAAGGUCUGACCAUCGACGAAGUUUUCAUUCCAGGAAACAUCAUUGUUAUCGUUCCACAACACGUGGUUCACCGAGACGAGCGCAACUUUGAACGAGCCUUGGAAUUCCUGCCCGAGAGAUGGGUGGAAGAGGGCAGGGAGAUGCACAAAGAUGACCGCGCAUUUUUCCCGUUCAGCUUGGGUCAUUACGGUUGUGUCGGCAAGCAGCUGGCAAUGGUGCAGCUGCGUCUCACUUUGCAGCGCAUUGCGAGCGAGUUUGAUCUCGAGUUUGCUCCUGGAGGAAGUCAUGAAAAGUAUGACGAAGGUGCGAAGGAUACUUUUACCUUGGUUUGUCCACCACUCGACAUGAUCUUCAGGAAACGAAGUAUAUCAAAUCACUUUUCGUGA